AGGGCACAAUUUCGGGUGCGCGGUGGAGCGCAGGCACGAUCGCGCCCCUUAAAAAUGAAAGCCUGCUGAAUGUCACUGACUGUGCGCGUUUUGAGGUCCUAGCAAAGCGAGCACUAUGGUUACUCAUCCAGCUAGGUAGGGGGGGGGAGGCUCCGAGGGGAUGGCCCCCGGAAAAUUUUGGAAAAAAUAGUAUAAUUUGGUGCAUUCUAAGUUAUAUUUCGAUUUUAGUUCAAUAAAGUGUGGUUAAUUGAUGGAAGAACAAUGAUUUUCGUCAGCUAGGCGGUGUUUUGCACAAAUUUCUAUGUGUCAGCUAGAUACUCUAACAAUGAUAUUAUAUAUUUUUAUUCGGGUAGUGUGGGACGUCAUUCAUGCAGCCUACCUUAUAAUUAUCUACGACAUUGUCGACUUCUUAUGAACUUAAUUUCUUGCAGAAGUCCCAGGGAUUAGAUUCAUCACAGGGGCAUGGCCUGCUGGCAUAAACUCAAAACGGCCUAGGCAUGUGGUGUUGUUUUUGUGCGAUUUAUCAAGCCGAUUAACAGGCGUCAGCGUAGCGUGCGCAUAGGGUCCGGAAUUAGGUGCGAUUCACUAAGCUUCUACGCUGACGGCCACUGUGUAUAACUCCAUGAAAGCUAAAUGGUUGGUGUAGCUUCACUGAGGCAGAGAAAGACGAACAUUCAUAUCUUAGAUCGUUUAAGGCUAUAGGAUUGAAAUAAGCACUCGUUUUGACAUCCUGCUAAUCUUGGGCAUGUAUAUGUAUGUGAGGGGGGUAAAGAAUCGGUAACACGUAUAUAAAUCACAAAUAUAGUCUGGGUGGGCGGGGGGGUGCUCAUAAUGGUAGUGUUUGUAGCGAUGGUGGCAAAGGUUUGAGUGGUAGUUGAGUGUCUCUUAGUCUUAGUAACAGCAGCCUGAACACAGAAAGUGCGUUGCUUUCCCUAAACGACUCUAGGUCUCUGACCUCCUCACCAUGAUUUCUUUCUGGAAUAUCUUGCAUGACCUCAUUGCUGUUCAACACGAACUUGUUCAAAUUAAACCCUCCUUUGCUUAAAGUUUUUAUUACGAGAAUUUUGUUCAGAAACGCCCAAUCUAAAAAAACACUAAGAUUUUAUGCAGUUAUAGAAUAGAAAAUUGGAUAUGAACACAUUGUAACACAAAGAAAAUAACAUCAAGUCGCGAGAUUUGUUAGAUGUGUCAACCUGCAAUUUGUCGGUGCAAACGAGAUUGUGCAAGAAACGUGUAAGUCUAUGAAUGAUAGCUGGUGCUAGUAGCACUACUAACUGGCCCAAGAUUACAAGAAAAGGCUCGCUGGUAAUCGAACUUGCAUGUUUUGGUGAAUACGAAGGUUCUAAUACAUUUUAUUGUACUCUAGACAGUUGCUGUUGCUCAAGCAAUAACAGUAGGUAAUUAAACAGUCAUACAAGUGGGGAAAAUACUAGAUAAUUCUUGUAAAUAUGGCUUUAAAACCGUUAGUGUUUCACUGGUGACGAUUCUUGCUUCAUUCAGUAUAGAUAUAGACUUUGAACAGAUAAUCAUAGACAUAAAAAGAUCUUAACACUGUAUCCUCUACUAAAGGGCGCACAUGUUGUUGAUAUUGAGCUGUCCAUCUAAGUACAUACAUGGGUGGAGCUGGUGGUGCACCAUAUACCUCCAAAGAGAUGUGAUGUCAUUCUGUAGUGGGUGAGCUAAACUUGUUUAUUGUACCAUAAAAAUCUGAGUGCGUCUCGAUCGUCGGGUGGAAUCUAUGUGGUGAAACACGUGGCUUUAAGACCAAGGAUUACGCUGAUUUAACAAGAAAACUAAUUUAAACGUGUUUUGUCCCAACCAUAUGGUUGCUCUCCACCUCACGAUUUUAUCCUUGAAGUGAUUCACAUGAGAUCACGUGACAGCACAGCAAAACCCCCCAGAAUGGAUCCAUCGACGUUUAUAUCUACCGUGGAGAUAACACACUUUUUAACUGGAAUUUGCAUUGAUAUUCAUACAUGUUAUGAUCGGACAAUUUGGAAAGGAGUUUCAUGAGGAUAUUUUUGUGCAAAGUCGGCAGACACCAAAGCAGCGGGAGUUUCAUUGUAAUGCUCAGGAUAAAUAUCUAUGUACCUUGUGAAGAAGCAACCUCAUAGGAGUAUUGAAACGAAUGAUCGAAAUCGAAAAAAGAAUGCCGCUUGACAUGUACAAUAAAGGUUUGGCGUCUGCGUCAGAUAUGCAUGUAAGAGGUGAAUCGCAUCCACCUCCAUUGAUUAAUAAAUCAGUAAGUGAUGGCAGCUUGCAUCGGACUAGUGACACGUCGAAAGGUGACAUAUUGCCGGAUCAUGCCAAAUCGGGUCUGUGCAAUGCAAAAGCCAUGAUCUUCCUGGUACUGUGGUAUCUCUUCAGUUUCUGCAACCUAUUUAUGAACAAGUUCACGAUAGAUACCUUGAAGGGAGAUGCCACAUUGUUAGGUGUAGUGCAGAUGUGCACAUGUAUAUCAGGUGGCUUUGUACAAUUGCACUUUCCCUGUGGAAUGUACACACUAUCGGAGAGGGAGGAACGGCCACCAAGCUUUCUCAGGAACAUGCUCAUUCUGGGAACAAUGAGGUUCAUCACUGUCAUUCUUGGCCUGGUUGCACUCAAGUUUGUCGCCGUGUCCUUCACGGAAACCGUGAAAAGCUCGGCGCCCAUCUUCACCGUGCUGUUGUCGCGAGCAAUGCUUGGCGAGAGGACGGGCAUCUGUGUCAGCAUCUCUCUCAUCCCCGUCAUGGCUGGACUGUUUCUGUGCAGUGCGACUGAGCUCAGCUUCAACCUGAUGGGCUUCCUCGCUGCACUUGCGACCAACCUCAGUGAAUGCACUCAGAACGUUUUUUCGAAGAUGCUAAGGAGUGACAAGCGAUAUCAGUAUUCGCCUGCUGAGCUUCAGUUUUUUUCGAGCAGUGCAUCGAUGCUAGUAGAACUACCAACGAUAUUUUUGAUGAUUGACAUUACACAAUUGGAACAGAACAUGACCCACACACUGGCAAUGGGACUGCUUGCUAAUGGGUUGUUCUUCCACUUCCAGACAAUUACAGAAUAUGUUCUGAUUGGCUACAUAUCUCCUGUGACACAUAGUGUCGCUAACACUGUGAAGAGGGCGCUACUUAUCUGGCUGUCGGUGAUCGUGUUCGGAAACCCGGUGUCGUUCCUCAGUGGCCUGGGGACUACGAUUGUGCUUGCUGGUGUCCUGCUGUAUAACCAAGCACGCGAAUGUGACCAGGCGAGACUGAUUGCACGCAGAAAACACCAGCAUCAGCAGACGGAGAUCACCAACGCACAGAUUCAAUCAAGGCAGUCGGAGACAGUGAAGCAGGUGUCGCUUUUUUCCACGUAGUGACAACACAGUAGUGACGACGAUCUUUAAUUGUGGCGUAUUGUGGCACGUUAAUAGUGUUAAAUUGUAGUUUUUACAGGUUAUGCAGCAUUGUGGCAUUGCAACUAAAAAAUUUAAAAUAAAACCCAAAAUGUGGGAAUCUCAGUUAGGAAUUGUAAUUGGUUUCCUACAAGAGGCCGAGGCUGGAGUGUUUUAAUUUCUCUUGAAUGAGAAUGGAAAAUAGAGAAAGUGAGAGUUAUUCUGCCAUAGGUCUGGUAGUGUUCUUCAAAGGUACCAGGUAUCUAGUGAUCAUGAAACCUUGAUCCUCUCGUAGGAACGUAAGUGACUUAAUUCUUAUAAUCUGCAGCAUCUGCUCUCAGAUCGAAACUAUUCCUAAUCGUUUGUUUGAAUUGUGUGGUUAAAUCAAAGAUGUUGCAUGGUUAUUGUGAUAUAUGAAAUGCCAACUUUCAA